AUGGCCUCCUACGUGGAAGAAGAACAAUUUAAAGAGACCAAAGUGUACUCGUACGAUGAAGUGCCAGAAAACAAAUCUUGGGCUCACUCCAUGCCUGUGGCCAAAGGGUUAUACAACCCUGAUUACGAGAAGGAUGCCUGUGGUGUCGGUUUCACCUGUCACAUCAAGGGUAAAUCUUCCCACAAGAUUGUUCUGGAUGCUAAGAGUCUUCUUUGUAAUAUGACACACAGAGGUGGUGAAUUGAACCCUAAGGAUGGUGAUGGUGCUGGUCUUUUGAGUGCCAUGCCUCACAAGUUCUUGCAAAAGGAAUUCAAGUACCAUUGCAACAUUGAUUUACCUCCAAAUGGUCAAUACGGUACUGGUAACAUCUUUUUCAAGAAGGAUGAUGCAGUCUUUGAAAAAUCCCAGAAAACUUUUGAACAAAUCGCUGCUUCUUUGGGCCUUAAGGUCAUGGGAUGGAGAAGAGUCCCUCAUGAUAGUACUAUCUUAGGUCCUGCCUCUUUAUCAAGAGAACCCUACAUUUUACAACCAUUGGUUGUUUUGGCUGAAACAAUAGGCUCUGAAAUUGACACCAAGACUUGGGAAUCCAAAUACCAAGCUGAUUUUGAAAAGAAGUUAUUCCUUUUGCGUAAAUCUUCUUCUCACUCCAUUGGAUUGCACAACUGGUUCUAUGUUUGUUCACUUUCUAACAGAACUAUUGUAUACAAGGGUCAAUUGGCCCCAAACCAAGUGUAUAGUUACUAUCACGAUUUGAUGAAUGUCGAUUAUGAAGCUCAUUUUGCUUUGGUCCACUCUCGUUUUUCCACCAACACUUUCCCCUCUUGGGACAGAGCCCAACCAAUGAGAUGGGCAGCUCACAAUGGUGAAAUUAACACUUUGAGAGGUAACAAGAACUGGAUGCGUGCUAGAGAAGGUGUUAUGUCUUCCAACUUGUUUGGUGAAGAAUUAGAAAAGUUGUACCCCAUUAUUGAAGAAGGUGGUUCUGAUUCUGCUGCUUUUGAUAACGUGUUGGAAUUACUUGUCAUUAACGGUGUUCUUUCUUUACCAGAAGCUGUCAUGAUUAUGAUUCCUGAAGCUUGGCAAAACGACAAGUUGAUUGACCCCAAGAAGAAGGCUUUUUACGAAUGGGCUGCUUGUUUGAUGGAACCAUGGGAUGGUCCAGCUUUGUUCACUUUUGCAGAUGGUAGAUACUGUGGUGCUAACUUGGACAGAAACGGUUUGAGACCAUGUCGUUACUAUGUUACUGAUGACGACCAUAUCAUUUGUGCUUCUGAAGUUGGUGUCAUUGAUGUUGCUCCAGAAACCGUGUUGACCAAAGGUAGAUUGCAACCAGGUAGAAUGCUUUUAGUCGACACUAAGGAAGGAAGAAUUGUUGACGACAGAGAAUUGAAGCAAAAUGUUGCAUCCAGAUUUGACUUUAAGAGUUGGGUCUUGGCCAACAUGAUCUCUAUGGAAGAUUUGACUUCCAAGUUGGUUGCUCGUCAAGAAUUGGAUUUGAGUGCUAUUUCCGAGGAAUUGACUUUGACCGAUACUACUGUUCAAACAGACUCUAGAUUGGUUGCAUUUGGUUACUCUCAUGAACAAAUCCUGACCAUCUUGGGUCCAAUGGCCGAAGCUAAAGAAGCUUUGGGUUCAAUGGGUAACGACAAUGCUUUGGCUUGCAUUUCUCAACAACCCAAAUUGUUAUAUGAAUACUUCAAGCAAUUGUUUGCUCAAGUUACCAACCCUCCAAUUGAUCCUAUCAGAGAGGAAAUUGUUAUGAGUUUGGAAUGCUAUGUUGGUCCUCAAGGUAACCUUUUGGAAAUGAAGCCUGACCAAUGUAAUCGUUUGCUCUUAAAGUCCCCAGUUUUGUCUAGUGCUGAAUUGGUUGCUAUUAAGAACAUUGAAAAGGUUUACCCUAAAUGGUCUGUUGCUAACAUUGAUAUCACUUUCCCUAAAUCUGCUGGUAUUCAAGGUUACAUUGAUACUAUUGACAGAAUUUGCGAAGGUGCUUCUAAGGCCAUUGCCGAUGACCAUCAAGUUAUCAUUCUUUCUGAUCGUUUGACCUCCGCUGACAGAGUCCCAAUCAGUGCCUUGUUGGCUACUGGUGCUGUCCACCACCACUUGGUUAGACAAAAGCAAAGAGCCAAGGUUGCAAUUAUUGUUGAAACCGCUGAAGCUAGAGAAGUCCACCAUGCUUGUUGUUUGGUUGGAUAUGGUGCUGAUGGUUUUAACCCUUACUUGGCCCUUGAAACUUUGUUGCGUAUGAAGCGUGAAAACCUUUUGAAGAAGGAAGAAUUGACUGACGAAAAGAUAAUCAAGAACUAUAAAAUUGCAGUUGAUGCAGGUAUCUUAAAGGUUAUGUCUAAGAUGGGUAUUUCUACUUUGGCUUCCUACAAGGGUGCUCAAAUUUUUGAAGCUUUAGGUAUUGAUAACUCUGUUAUUGACAAGUGUUUUGCUGGUACUGCCUCUAGAAUUAAGGGUGUAACAUUUGAAUACAUUGCUCAAGAUGCUUUCUCAUUUCAUGAAAGAGGUUACCCAUCAAGAGACACCAUCAAGCCUGUUGCAUUGCCAGAAACUGGUGAAUAUCACUGGAGAGAUGGUGGUGAUGCUCAUGUUAAUGAACCUGCUGCAAUUGCUUCUAUGCAAGAUGCAGUUAGAAACAAGAAUGAAAAGGCUUAUGAAGCUUACUCCAAGAAGGAAUAUGAUGCGAUUAAGAACUGUACUUUGCGGGGUUUAUUGGACUUUGACUAUUCAGAUUGUACUCCUGUUCCAUUGGAUCAAGUCGAACCAUGGACCGAAAUUGUCCGUCGUUUCUUCACUGGUGCCAUGUCUUAUGGUUCCAUUUCUAUGGAAGCUCACUCAACUAUUGCUGUUGCUAUGAACCGUAUUGGUGGUAAGUCUAACACUGGUGAAGGUGGUGAAGAUUCUGCCAGAUCACUUAUUAGUGAAAACGGUGAUACCAUGAGAUCUGCCAUCAAGCAAAUUGCCUCUGGUAGAUUCGGUGUGACCUCUUACUACCUUGCUGAUGCCGAUGAGUUGCAAAUUAAGAUGGCUCAAGGUGCUAAGCCUGGUGAAGGUGGUGAAUUGCCAGGUCACAAGGUUUCUGAACAAAUUGGUAAGACUAGACACUCCACACCAGGUGUUGGUUUGAUUUCCCCACCUCCUCAUCAUGAUAUUUAUUCCAUUGAAGAUUUGAAGCAAUUGCUUUACGAUUUGAAGUGUGCUAACCCUAGAGCUAGAACUUCCGUUAAGUUGGUCUCUGAAGUUGGUGUUGGUAUUGUUGCUGCCGGUGUUGCCAAGGCCGGUUCCGAAAAUAUCUUGGUUUCUGGUGGUGACGGUGGUACUGGUGCUGCUAAGUGGACUUCCAUUAAGCACGCUGGUUUGCCAUGGGAAUUGGGUCUUGCUGAAUCUCAUCAAACCUUGGUUUUGAACGAUUUGAGAGGCCGUGUUAUUUUGCAAACUGAUGGUCAAAUCAAGACCGGUAGAGAUGUUGCUAUUGCAUGUUUACUUGGUGCUGAAGAGUGGGGUUUUGCUACCACUCCUUUAAUCGCCAUGGGUUGUAUUAUGAUGAGAAAGUGUCAUUUGAACACUUGCCCUGUUGGUAUUGCAACUCAAGACCCAGAAUUGAGAAAGAAAUUCUUGGGUACUCCUGAACACGUUAUUAACUUCUUCUACUAUGUUUCCAAUGAAUUGAGAACUUUUAUGGCCAAGUUAGGUUUCAGAACUAUCAACGAAAUGGUGGGUAAGACUGAAAGAUUGAAGGUUCGUGAAGAUUUGAGAAACACCAAGAAUGCUAACAUUGACUUAUCUCCAAUUUUGACUCCUGCCCACACCAUUAGACCUGGUGUUGCUACUCACUGUGUCAGAAAGCAAGAUCACAAAUUGCAUGUUAGAUUAGAUAACAAGUUGAUUGAUGAAGCCGAAUUAACUUUAUCAAAAGGUUUGCCAGUUACCAUUGACUGUCACGUUGUUAACACUGAUCGUUCUCUUGGUACUACUUUGUCUUACAGAGUUUCUAAGACUUUUGGUGAAGCUGGUUUGCCUCAUGACACUAUCCAUGUGAAUGCUAAGGGUUCUGCUGGUCAAUCCUUCGGUGCCUUCCUUGCCCCAGGUAUUACAUUGGAAUUAGAAGGUGAUGCCAAUGAUUACAUUGGUAAGGGUUUAUCUGGUGGUAGAAUUGUUGUCUACCCUCCAAAGGAAUCCAAAUUCAACGCUGAAGACCAAAUCAUUGCUGGUAACACUGCGUUCUUUGGUGCUACUUCUGGUACGGCCUUCAUUAGAGGUGUUGCUGCCGAAAGAUUCUCAGUCAGAAACUCUGGUGCCACCAUUGUCGUUGAAGGUACUGGUGACCACGGGUGUGAAUACAUGUCUGGUGGUCGUGUGGUUGUUUUGGGUUCAACUGGUAGAAACUUUGCUGCUGGUAUGUGUGGUGGUAUUGCCUAUGUUUUGGACAUUGCUCAAGACUUUACUGAGAAGUGUAACACUCAAACUGUUGAAUUAUCUCAAGUUACUGAACCUACAGAAAUUGCUUUCUUGAGAAACUUGAUUGAAGAUCACAGACACUACACCGGUUCCGUUGUUGCUGAUACCGUCUUGAAUGAUUUCAACAGAAUCUUACCAAGAUUUGUUAAGGUCUUGCCUCAUGACUAUAAGAAGGUGUUGGAGAAGGAAAAGCAAAAGUUGGCUGAAGCUAAGAAGAACGAAUUGAAUCUCUUUUUGAAAUCCAUCAAGGAAGACCCUGAAGCUGAUGUCACCAACGGUGAAGUUGCUAAGAUCAAGAAGGGACAUGUUCACAAGGCUGCUGCCCAAGAACCAAAGGUUUUGGAUUUGGAAGACACUAUCAAGGACACUGAAACUGAAACAAAGGCUGUUGUCAAGUUGGACAAACUUAAGGGUUUCAUGAAGUACAAGAGAAGAAAUGAAAAGUACAGAUCUGCCAAGGAAAGAACCAAGGACUGGAAGGAAAUGACUUCUAGAUUAACCAAGGAGGAAUUGAAAUAUGAAACUGCUAGAUGUAUGGAUUGUGGUGUUCCAUUCUGUACCUCAGAUACCGGUUGUCCUAUUUCUAACGUUAUUCCAAAAUGGAAUGAAUUGGUUUUCCAAGACAGAUGGUAUGAUGCCUUGCAAAGAUUAAUGAUGACCAACAAUUUCCCAGAAUUCACUGGUAGAAUUUGUCCUGCUCCAUGUAAUGGAGCUUGUGUUUUGGGUAUCAAUGAAGACCCAGUUAACAUCAAAUCUGUUGAAUGUGCUAUUAUUGAUCAUGGUUUCGAAAUGGGUUGGAUUAAGCCUACCCCACCAACCCACAGAACUGGUAAGAAGGUUGUUGUUAUUGGUUCUGGUCCAUCCGGGUUGGCAGCUGCUGAUCAAUUGAACAGAGCUGGUCACUCUGUGACUGUUUACGAAAGAUCUGACAGACCCGGUGGUUUGUUAAUGUACGGUAUUCCUAACAUGAAGUUGGACAAGGGUAUCGUUAAGAGAAGAACUGAUUUGUUGGCAGCUGAAGGUAUUGAAUUCAUCGUCAACACUACUAUUGGUGAAGAUAUUACCGUUGAUGAAUUAGAAGCUGAAAACGAUGCUGUUGUUUUUGCUGUUGGUUCUACUAUUCCAAGAGAUUUGAAGAUUCCUGGUCGUUCAUUAAAGAAUGUUCACUAUGCUAUGGAAUUGUUACAUUCCAACACCAAGGCUUUGUUGGAUGAUCAAUUGGAAAACAUUAGAAAGACUUUGGAAGGUAAACAUGUUGUUGUUAUUGGUGGUGGUGACACCGGUAACGAUUGUUUGGGUACUUCUACCAGACAUGGAGCCAAGUCUGUUACAAAUUUCGAAUUAUUACCUCACCCACCAGCAUCUAGACCUAAGGAUAACCCAUGGCCACAGUGGCCAAGAGUCUUUAGAGUUGAUUAUGGUCAUACUGAAGUUGCUGCGCACUAUGGUAAUGACCCUAGAGAAUAUUCUAUUUUGUCUAAGGAGUUUGUUGAUGACGGUGAAGGUAACGUUAAAGGUAUUAAGACUGUUAGAGUUGAAUGGAAACGUUCUGACUCUGGAGCUUGGCAAAUGGCUGAAGUUCCAAACUCUGAAGAAUUCUUCCCUGCCGAUGUUGUUCUUUUAUCUAUGGGUUUCAUUGGACCAGAUUCAGACAACUUGGGUAUUGAAAAGACCAAGAGAGGUACCAUAGCAACCACUGAUCCUGCUUCAUACAGAAUCAACGACAAAUUCUUUGCUGCUGGUGACUGUAGAAGAGGUCAAUCAUUGGUUGUCUGGGGUAUUCAAGAAGGUAGACAAUGUGCUCGUGUUGUUGAUGAGUACUUGAUGGGUGGUUCCAGAUUACCUGGUAACGGUUCUAUUGAACAAAGAAACUUCAACUUGUUGGAAGAAUUAGCUGACAAGGUUUAA